GUUUCGAUGUGUCAUUAUGAAAACAAUAACAUUCACAGAAUUGUUAUCAAUUUCGUAAUGCUUAAAUAACCAGGAAGGAAGUGUGAAUUAACAAAAUGGAUGGCACAAUAAACUCUACGAACGAGGAAAAUGAGGAAAUUCGUGCUAGGAGAUUUAGGAAUUUACCUUCAGUUAAUGCAAUUGCAGACGAUUUAAAUACCAUAAUAACGCAAAGCGACGAACCACAUUUAUUAAGUACUGUUCGUAGAAGAGUACAAGUUAAUGAGGAAAAAGUUGAAAUAGGUUCAUUGAAUGUUUUAUCAGCAAAAUAUGAGAGUUUAGAUUAUGACACAUGCGAAAAUCAUUUAUUAUUGGAUGAGGAACGAAAAAAAGGGUACAAAUUCAUAGUGAAAAAAAGUAUUGCAAGAUGGUUCACUUUUUUAUUAAUAGGAAUGUUCACAGCUUUAAUUGCAUGUGCCAUAGACAUAUCCAUAGAGAUUUUUAUCGGAAAUUAAGUAUGCUGCUCUGUCAAAAAGUGUAAAUACAUAUGUAACACAGGGCAAAUUAUACAUUCCUUUCUUGCUAUGGAUACUAUACAAUGUGAUACCAGUGUUUAUAGGGUCAAUGCUGGUUGCCUACGUCGAACCCAUAGCCGCCGGCAGCGGCAUACCCCAAGGUCAAAUGUUAUUUAAAACGGGGUGAUGAUUCCCAGAGUUGUGAGGAUAAAAACUUUGUUCGUAAAAAGCGUUGGUGUGGUUUGUUCGGUUGUUGGAGGGGUUGGCAGGGGGAAAGGAGGGUCCCAUGAUUCACUCUGGUGCAGUGGUGGCUGCUGGCAUAUCGCAGGGAAAAAGUACAACUUUCAACAGGGAUUUUAAGAUUUUCAGUUAUUUCAGAGAGGGACCACGAAAAAAGGGAUUUUGUCUCCGGGGGUGCGGCUGCAGGAGUGUCUGCUGCUUUCGGGGCGCCAGUUGGCGGCGUUCUUUUUAGUUUUGGAGGAGGGUACCAGUUUUUGGAACCAAGGUUUGACAUGGCGGACUUUUUUUCGCCUCGGUUGUCAGCACUUUCCACGCUAAAUUUCGUGCUGUCGGCUUAUCACGGAGUUCCGGGAAAUCUGAAUUACCCUGGGUUGUUAAAUUUGGGCGAAUUCGAGAAUUUCAAGUAUCAGAUUUGGGAGAUUCCCAUUUUUAUACUCAUGGGGGCUUUUGGAGGUAUUACUGGGGGCCUUUUGGAACCACGUCAACUUUAAAUUGACCGUUUUUUAGAAUGAGGUUUAUUCAGGCAAAAUGGUUAAGGGUUUUGGAGGCCCUUCUAGUGGCUGCAGUAAGUGCAACAGUUGGUUUUCUAAUGAUGUAUACCAUAAAUGACUGCAGGCCCUUAGGUGCAGAUCCAACAAAAUUCCCCACCCAGCUCUACUGUCAAGACGGCGAAUACAAUGUCUUAGCUAGUAUCUGGUUUCAAACGCCAGAGGCCUCUGUGCGAUCUCUAUUUCACGAUCCACCAAACACUCAUAACGCCGUCUCAUUGGCUGUAUUUGUGAUAUUCUACUUUUUACUAUCGUGCUGGACUUUCGGGUUAGCAACUUCGAAUGGGCUUUUCAUACCGGCUCUUCUAACUGGGGCGGCAUGGGGCAGAUUAGUUUCUAUCGGGUUGUUCUAUGUUUCCCCCGAUUUGAGUCUUAUACAUCCGGGAAAAUACGCUUUGAUUGGGGCGGCUUCCCAACUGGGCGGUGUUGUCAGAAUGACGAUAAGUCUAACCGUGAUAAUCAUGGAAACAACCGGCAACAUCUCAUUCGCCCUGCCGCUCAUAGUCACUCUAAUUGCCGCGAAAUGGACCGGGGACUUUUUCAACGAGGGCAUUUACGACACUUUAAUUCAACUUUCGGGCGUUCCGUUGCUGCCCUGGGAACCCCCACCGCUAGUCAACAACAUCUACGCUAGUGAGGUUAUGUCGCACCCGGCGGUCACCCUGAAAUCCGUCGAAAACGUCGGCCACAUCGUGGAACUGUUGAGGUUAACCACGUACAACGGCUUCCCCGUCGUGGACCCGCCCACAACCGAUCAGUCCGAGGUCACCACGUACGGGAAGUUGAGGGGGUUGAUUUUGAGGUCCCAAUUGAUUUGCGUGCUGCAGAACAAAUUAUUCAACGAAACCUGCGACGAUUGGGAUAACGUUAAUGCCGAUAUAUUCAGAAAUAAUUACCCUAGGUAUCCUACGAUAGAUCAAGUUGUCAUAGAAGAAGAAGAAAAAACGUACACCAUAGACCUGAGACCCUUCAUGAACCCCUCACCUUACACAGUUUUACACUCUUGUUCACUGCCAAGAAUGUUCCGUCUAUUCCGAGCACUCGGCUUGCGGCAUCUUUCCAUAGUAAACGACGUAAACGAGGUAAGCGCCAUCUACAUCUCAAAACACGAACUACACCUACAUACCGACAUGGUGAUCGGUAUGGUAACGCGCAAAGAUUUGGCUAGGUACCGAACUUGGAGACACAGGGGCCGUAUAGGGGUCGAGGAGUUGGUAGUUUCCAAAGAUUUAUAAGUAUUAUUAAAUAUGUAAAAUUGCCAUUGUAUAUAACCCGUUUUUUAUCCAUCAACGCCAAAAAUACCGAAUGUUAUUUAAGUUUUUUAAUAUUUAACGCGUUUAUUUUAAUUUUGUUAAUUCAUAAAUAUAUUUUCAUUAUUAA